AUGUCGUUAUUGUCGCAAAUCAGAUCGAGAAGUCCGCCACUAGAGCACUUUGAGAAAAAUGGAAAAAGACAGAAUGGAGUCGAUUUGGGCAGCAUAGAAAAGCUCAUAUCAGCGGAAACCGUAGAGGAGAAAAAUAUAAUCUGGCAGAAGCUAAAAGAGUCCUCUGACUUGACGACUCUUGUUCAUUCACCAGCUACGAUGAAAUUUCUCAACUCAUGUGUCCGAGAGAGCAGUGAGGGUAGCUGGCCGGAGAGUAUUAUCAUUGACCUGUUAUCGCUUGGAUGCUCUGGUCCCCAUGUUGUCGGCAUGCUCGAUGUCGCCAAUCAACGGGCAGCAAUUGAUAUUGUUACAGCCGCCAAGGACCCGUGUUUCCCGGAACGCGUGUUGGUUUGGUCAAUAGCUGCGGCCAUAGAAAAAGCCGCUAAAUCGGAAUCAAAUGAUGCAGAUUCAAUCCGGGAGCUCGAUUUCCUUCUCAAACGCGAAUUCUCCCACAACUAUCUUGUCGGAGCGCUGAAAGCUCUCGACACGACCAAAGCAGUUGCUCUUUUGGACUUUUUGACGGCGAAAAUUCGACUCUGUCCUAUAAAACCAGAUCAAGAAAAGGCGGGAAUAAAUCAAAUAUCGCGAUGGGUUGGAGCGGUGAUUGAUGCUCACCCAAGCACGUAUUCGGACGAGGAUAAUGCAAAGAUGCUUAUGGAGGCUCUAUCUGUGGUUCAGGACAAGAUUCUCAUCGGAAUCGAGAUAAGCUACGUAUUAAAGAUGAGCAUGAAUUAUCAGCUCUAUCGGAACACUACGCUAGGAACUACGCUCAUUGAUUCUCUCGACGAGUUGCAGCAGCAGGGCGCAAUCUCCCACAGUCUCCGGAUGAAGGUUCUCGAAGAAUUCGACAAAGCAAUUAACUACGCCCUGGCGAACAAAGUGCGCAACCGAAUCACUUUCAAGGGCAAACUCAAUACGUAUCGCUUCUGUGACAAUGUCUGGACUUUCGUGAUCGAAGACGCCGAGUUCCGAGAAGUGAUCGACUGCAUCAAUGUGCCAAAAGUAAAAGUGGUCGCCUGCGAUGGCAAAGGAAACACGGUCAACAACCGCCAAUCACGCUUGCUGAUCCGAGAACAGGACCGUACCGGUUUUCAGCCACUUACAAGCUCAAUUCUUAAAGCGGAAACUCCUGGCUCACUGCCUUAUUUACCUGCCAAUAGUGUGACAACAAGAUUUGUCCGGACUGCUACCAAUAAACAGAAAUGUCCCGUCUAUCAGAUUGUGUGGACUCCAGAUGGCCGGCGUUUGGUCACUGGUGCGGCUAGUGGCGAGUUUACGUUGUGGAAUGGAAUGGCAUUCAAUUUCGAAACGAUUUUGCAGGCGCAUGAUCAGCCCGUCCGCGCAAUGUGCUGGUCAAACGACGGGAUCUGGCUAGCUACAGGCGAUCAUCAAGGAUACAUCAAGUACUGGCAGCAGAAUAUGAACAACUGCUGCAUGUUCCAAGCGCACAAGGAUCAACCCUGCCGCGGGAUCUCCUUUUCGCCAACAGACGUCAAAUUCGCAAGUUGCUCAGACGAUGGAACCGUCAGAAUAUGGGACUUUUAUCAUCACACUGAAGAAAAAAUUCUACGAGGCCACGGCUCAGACGUGAAAAAGGUCGACUGGCAUCCGCACAAAGGCCUAAUUGCAUCAGGAUCGAAAGACUUGCAAACGCCGAUAAAGCUUUGGGAUCCAAAAGCGGGCAAAUCAAUCACAACUCUUCACUGUCACAAAGGAACUGUCAUGGACAUCCAGUGGAAUAGAAAUGGACAUUGGUUGGCGAGCGCAGCUAGAGAUCAUCUUGUAAAAGUUUUUGACAUUCGAAAUCUGAAGACACAUUAUCAAGUGUUGAGAGGGCACAGAAAAGAAGCAUCCUCGCUUGCUUGGCAUACACAACAUGAGGGCCUACUGGCGACCGGUGGUUCAGAAGGAUCAAUUAUUUAUUGGAUGAUCGGCGAAGAUCAGCCGGUUGGCCAAGUUGAUGGCGGCCACGAGUCUUUGAUCUGGACAAUGGCUUGGCACCCGCUUGGUCACGUUCUUGCUACUGCUUCGAAUGAUCAUUCUACGAAAUUCUGGUCUCGCCAACAGACAACGGAACUAGUCGCGAAGGACUACCCAAAGAAUGAGACAGAAAUGCUCGCAGAAAUCAGUAAACAAGUUCGACUAGAAUCCGGACUAGAAGAUGAGACAGAGAUAGAAGAAGAGAUAGAAAUACCCGGUCUUGAUGGAUUUGAAGAUGGGGCACCUCCGAAUGUCUUCCAGUCGAUGGCAAACGAGUAUUACAAUAAUAGCGAACAAACCUUUAGAACCGGAUUAACUCUUCACAACACACCCGUUCCACAAGAAGAAUUGCCCAGCUUCGAAAAGAAGAAAGCAUUUGCUAAACCAGUGCCAAAGGAAUUCGCGAAUGCAUGGGACAGCAACAGGGAAGGAGAAGGAAACAUUCCAGAAAAGAACAAUCCAGGUCAUUCUGGAGGUUUCAAUGGCGGGAGUCAGCAAAGAUUUCGACAGGAGCUUCAUCCGUACAAUCCUCACAUGCAAGGCCAUAGAGGUGGAUAUAAUCAUGGAGGACGAGGAAGAGGUGGCUUCAGAGGAGGUCAUCAUAAUCACCAUCAGGCUGGAUUUGCCGGAGACGAGGUGCCAAAAUGUAACUUCCGAAAUUACGUCGCUCGCCCGAAACACACGCGAAUCAUGCAGGGCGCAAUCGAGGGUGACAAUUUUAUCGGCUCAACCGCCGAGGAUCACAGGGAAAAAAUGGCUGAGAUCUUCUUCGAAUCAUUCAACGUCCCCGCUCUCUACGUUUCAGUACAAGCAGUUCUAUCACUUUACUCUUCCGGACGAACGACUGGUGUCGUCCUCGACAUCGGAGAUGGUGUUUCUCAUUCUGUGCCAAUUUAUGAAGGAUUCGCUCUCAAGCACUCAAUCACUAGAAGCGACAUUGCCGGUCGCGAUAUCACUCGUCAUUUGCAGCUUUUAUUGAGGAAAGAAGGCCAUAAAUUCAUUACAUCGUCAGAAAUGGAAGUUGUUCGUCAGAUCAAAGAAAAAGCAUGUGUUAUUUCUCUGCUGGGAAAAGAAGAAACUGAGGAUCAAAAUCGCGAAUAUCAACUUCCAGACGGCGAAAAAAUUCAAAUCGGCAGCUCGAAAUUUAAGGCACCAGAGAUUCUCUUCAAUCCAGAAUUGAUUGGCUCGGAAGAACUUGGAGUUCAUGAUUUGUUAUACAACUCUAUCAGAAAGUCUGACCUUGAUCUCAGAAAAACCCUUUACCAAAAUAUUGUUCUAUCCGGUGGUUCGACUUUAUUCAGAGGACUUGGCGAUCGGCUUCUUUCGGAAUUACGGCGACCAUCGCCAAAGGACACGAAAAUCCGAAUCUCGGCUCCUCAAGAGCGACUUUACGCGACUUGGAUUGGUGGCUCGAUUCUAGCAUCGCUGGACAACUUCAAAAGAAUUUGGGUGACCAAGAAAGAGUGGGAAAGUGAAGGCGCCCGAGCUCUUCACAGAAAAACUUUAUAA